GUGACGCAGCAAGUUCGUACCGUACCACCCACUGGUCCUCCGAAGCCAGCGGGAAAAAAAGGCGGUGCUUUUGUGCCUCGGUACCGGUCGACGCUCGCAACAAUGGUUGAUAUGUCCGAUUUGACGGAUGGUGCUGCACGUGAAAUCGUUAUGGAUGAGAGUGUCUUCGGUAUUGAAUUCAAGUCACUUAUUACACUUGAUGACUUGGAGGAGAUUUUUAAGCAUGAUCAACUAGGCGUCAAUAACAUGCACUCAUACAUUCGGUUGUUGUAUGACAGAGUGUUGCGCGGGACUCCGUUGUCUAACAGAUUCCGUUUCUGUCUUCCGCCCACUGCAGCGGAAUGGCAAUUGAUUCGGAACCGGAAUCAGUUAGACAGUGCUUAGUAGAUAGAUUCAUGUCCACCGGCAAUACAGAAUGUCUGCAUCUUUGGGCGUAUAAUACUCGACCAGUAGGAGCACACUGGUUGCUGCUUGCUAUCAACCCUAUAAGGGAAGUCGUGUAUUAUCUGAAUUCGGUAAAUGGUGAAUGGACCAAUUAUCCGGCCAUGAAGGACAUCGUUGAUUUAUCAAUACAAGUGUUCCGAAGUCAACGGGACGCACAGGUAUCCCGAACUAAAUCUAGCAACAUUACUUGGAUCCAAGUGCAGUGCCCGCAACAGAAAAACAGUUACGAUUGCGGAUACUUUGUAUUGAGGUUUAUGAAAGAAAUCCUUCAGGCAAAUCAAUUAGAGAUUCCGAUCACGUACCUUGACGAAUUCCGUGCCACUGGAUACCCGAGACUUAAGUUGGAAGAAAUAAAAGAGGAUUUGUGUCAUUUUUAUAUUAAGCGCUUUUUCAUGUAGGAUUUGUGUCGAAUUGAAGUACUAUAAUAUUAUUGAUGUUGUAAUGAUGUAUAUAUAUAAUAUU